GCACUGUUGGGGCCGGUACUUGGUUACUUAGGAAACAGCCAAUCAGCGAGCCGGGCGUUGACCAAUGGGAAGCGCGGAUGAACCGACCCGGCAGAUUUGAAAGCGCGGCGCGGGCGGGCCGUGGUUUUCUUGGGGGGGAAGAGGGGAGCCUGUGGGGCCCAUUGUCCGGCGGCCCCGGCCUCCGGUUUGCGGCCGAGGGACCCGGCAGCGAGCGGCAACACCGGCGGCGGGGAACCGGCGAAGGAUUGGGAAACACAGAGACGGUGAGCCUAGCUCAGAGGAGACAGUCUACAGUGUUUUUCUGAAUGAGCUCCUCCUCCUCCGUGUUACACUGUUUUCUCCAGUCUUGUCCCAGUUCUACUUUCUCUGCCUCACCGCAUCCCAUGCUUCAGCUACCAAUGUAUCCAGUCCUUCUCUGCCUAUUUCAUUAUUGAAUUAAGGUGUUGCCAUGGUGAUGGCCGUGGAGGACAGCGCGGUGCAGGUUGUGGUUCGGGUUCGACCCCCGACCCCACGGGAGCUCGAGAGCCAGCGGAGGCCCGUGAUCCAGGUGGUGGACGAGCGGGUGCUGGUGUUUGACCCCGAAGAGCCCGACGGGGGCCUCGUGGGCCUGAAGUGGGGCGGCGCCCACGAGGGCCCCAGGAAGAAGGGCAAGGACCUGACGUUCGUCUUUGACCGGGUCCUCGGCGAGGCGGCCGGCCAGCAGGACGUCUUCCAGCACACCACCCGCCGCCUGCUGGACAGCUUCCUGCAGGGCUUCAACUGCUCCGUGUUCGCCUACGGGGCCACGGGGGCCGGGAAGACGCACACCAUGCUGGGCAGAGAGGGGGACCCCGGCAUCAUGUACCUGACCACCAUGGAGCUGUACCGGCGGCUGGAGGCCCGCCAGGAGGAGAAGCGAUUCGAGGUGCUCAUCAGCUACCAGGAGGUGUACAACGAGCAGAUCCACGACCUCCUGGAGCCCAAGGGGCCCCUGGCCAUCCGAGAAGAUCCCGACAAGGGGGUGGUGGUCCAGGGACUUUCCUUCCACCAGCCAACCUCAGCCGAGCAGCUGCUGGAGAUGCUGACCCGGGGGAACCGCAACCGCACCCAGCACCCCACCGACGCCAACGCCACCUCCUCCCGCUCCCACGCCAUCUUCCAGAUCUUCGUGAAGCAGCAGGACCGGGUCCCAGGGCUGACCCAGGCCCUCCAGGUGGCCAAGAUGAGCCUGAUCGACCUGGCCGGCUCGGAGCGGGCGUCCAGCACCCACGCCAAGGGGGAGCGGCUGCGGGAGGGCGCCAACAUCAACCGCUCCCUGCUGGCCCUCAUCAACGUCCUCAACGCCCUGGCCGACGCCAAGGGCCGCAAGACCCACGUGCCCUACCGGGACAGCAAGCUGACCCGGCUGCUCAAGGACUCCAUCGGGGGCAACUGCCGCACCGUGAUGAUCGCCGCCAUCAGCCCCUCCGGCCUGACGUACGAGGACACGUACAACACCCUCAAGUACGCCGACCGGGCCAAGGAGAUCAAACUGUCGCUGAAGAGCAACGUGGUCAGCCUGGACUGUCACAUCAGCCAGUACGCCACUGUCUGCCAGCAGCUCCAGGCCGAGGUAGCCAGUCUGAGGGAGAAGCUUCGAAUGUACGAGGCGGGAGCCCAGGCCCCACAACAGGACCUCCCGCGGCCCCCCACAUCGGGCCCUCCACAGCCUCCCCUUUGCAGCUCCUCCCCACCGUCUCCUCUUCCCAGCCAGCCCUGCACCCCGAAGCUCCACCCAGGGUCUGCUGUCCUUCAGGAGGAAAGCCUGGGGGCAGGGGCCCAGGGGGAGAGGGUCAGGGAAGGCGACUCUUCGGACCAGGAGCAGCCCUCGGAGGACAAAGACAGAGGCCCAGCCAAGGAGGUUCCCGUCCUGGUGUCAGCACAGAGCCCCCGCCAGUCACUGCUGGAGUCCCCGGGGCUGGCCCUGGAGGCCAAGCAAGUCGAGGACCACCUCUCGCCACAGGACCUGGAAAAGGGCUGUUCUAGGCAGUUGGUGCUGAAGGUGCUGAGCCUGGCCCGGCGACAGUACUCCCUGCUCCAGGCAGCCAACCUCCUGACCCCUGACAUGAUUGCAGAGUUCAAGACCCUGCAGCAGCUGGUGCGAGAGGAAGAACCCGGGCCUGGAGCCGAGGCCUCCAGGACUCCUGGCCCAGCCAGGGAGGCACCUCCGGCUCAGGAGCCGUGUUCAGAGUCAAAGCUUCCAGGAUACUCUGGCCCUGUGACUCGCACCAUGGCAAGGCAGCUGAGUGGCCUCGUGCCCAGUGUGGGGGUGCCACCUGAGCCCGACGGCACCUCUGCCCAGGCAUCUCUGCCAUCCGUGGAGAAGAAGAGAAGGAAACUGAGCCGCUCAGAGCAGGACAGUCAGCAAGCCCCAAGGCUGGGGACCAAGCGCCAGCACCAGUCCUUCCUGCCUUGCCUGCGAAGGGGGUCCCUGCCCGAGACUCAGCCUUCCCUCGGACCCACCCCCCCCAAAAAGGGAAGGGGCUCCUCCCCCUGCCACUCCCCUCGCUUCUGUCCAGCCACGGUCGUCAAAAGCCGGGUGCCUCUGGGCCCUUCCGCCCUGCAGAACUGCUCCACCCCACUGGCCCUGCCCGCGCGGAACCUCAACAUCACCUUCGACCUCUCCGAGGAGACCCCCUCCAAGCUGGGCUUCCAUGAGCGCGCCGGCUGGGAGAACGUGCCCCCGCACAGGCUGGAUCAGCCCUUCGUCCCCAGUGGACCAGCGCCCCUGUUCACCACCAAGGGCCCCAAGCCAGCAUCUUCCUUCCCCGAGGCCUCAGCCCGCAAGAAGAGGCGCGUGGUGAGCUCCGCCAUCUCCCGCCGCAGCCGCAUCGCCCGCCUCCCCAGCAGCACCCUGAAGAGGCUCGCAGAGUCCCUCACCGCCCCCGGUGACUAGCACUGGGGACAGGGAUGGUCUCGGCCGCAGUGACAGAUGAAAACAGGAAGUAGGAAGUGACAAGGUGGGCAGAGACCCGAGGACCUGGGAGUACUUCCGAGCAUCGCAGGAAUCCUGAUGACAGAUGGGAGGUGGAUGGAAGAGAGCGGUGGGACCGAGCUUUACUUGUCUCCUUCCUCCCUGCCUCCCCCACCCACUGGCCCACCCACUGGCCUGCAGAGCCCCCUCCCGUCCCCACAGCCUGGCAGCCCUCGGAGCCAGAGGGAACUGACGAGGGUUAGGGGCGCGCUGUCAGCCGGGAGACGUGUUGCCAAGGCGUCCUGACCAUUGGCCCCUCCUGGGUCCUGGAGCAGCCGGCACCUGCCUGCCUUCCUCAGCUUGGAGCAAUUAACGCCAGCACCCUCUUCCUCACUAGCUCUCCUCUCCAUCAUUCAUCCUGCUACUCGUGCUCUUAUUAAUCUCUUGUUACAUUCAGCUUCUCAGCAUGUAUAUAUUCAGUUGUGAGUGUUAAUGUGUUGCUAUUUUAAAGGUGCUACCAUCAUCGUCCCCCCACCCCUUCCCCGCAGGCCGGUGGCUGGAGGGCUUUGCUCCCUGUCCCCCAGUCUAACAGGGCUCUGUCUAAUGAUGGAGGAGGGAUGAGGAGGAGGAGGGGGCCAGGUGGGGAGCCCCAGUUUGGUUCUUCCUGGUUUUGAAGAAGGGACAUUUUCAGCCCCAUCCCCCCAGCCUGGAGCAAAAGCCACAGUCCUGGUGACAAUGCAGGAGAUUGGUGGUGCCUUGAUUUCCCAAUGAAGACAGCAUCGUUGUUUUU